AAUGCUUUAACCUGUACCGCCCUCACCACCAGCAUUCCUGAAGAUACAGACAACGGCGAAGAUCAGAGAGGUCCUGCUAGAGUAACGAGAGCCCUUACACACUCAUUCAUACACUCCCGACCAGCCAUCCACCAAAGGUUCAGUCUCUAGACCGUUCAGUGCAAUUCUAUCAUGCCCAGCAAGACUUCUGGUGGUAGAGGGAGUGAAGAAGGCGUAUUUCAUGUCCUUUUGACUGGCUUUGGUGUACGAUCUUCCUCCUUUUUAUCCUUGAAAGUCGCGCUGAACAAAACAGCCUUUUCGCCACUAUAAAGAGAACCCAGCAUGGCUUGCAAUCAAGUCAUUACACAACACCAUUCUCCCUAUGGAUCCUGAUUCCUCUUUCAUUGAUGGUAAACCUUUAAUGCGGGAACCCAAGGAAACAAAGAACCGCAUCAUCAAGGUAUCCGCGAUCGAGAUACCUAUGGAGUACGAAGCUGUUUUGCAAACCGUUCCGGGUCUACAUCUCAGACCGCCGCAACUACCAGAAGCCGUCAAGAACGAUGUCUUUCCGCUUCCCCCAGACAAAGGUUAUGACUUUAUCUUUCAUCUGGGUGUCGCCGGUCGUGGUUAUCUACGCAUGGAGAAAUCAGGUCAUAAACUAGGCUACCACAUGAAGGAUGCGACGGGAAAACUUGCACCUAUGGUUCGGGGUGACCUUGGGCGGAGAGAAGAUCAUGUUUCAGUUGGUGACAUAGGGGAAAGAGAGAGGUUAAGUCUGGAAAUGGUGGAGAACGCUGGUGCGGGUGACACGUACAGCGCACGUCCCAAUCGAGGAUUUGGAACGGGAUACGAAAAGUUUCCUGACGAACUCUACACAGACAUUGACGUGUCGCGACUGAUACACGAUCUUAGACGAUCUGGAGUAGAGCAAAUAUAUUCCUCGAUGGAUGCGGGUCACUGGUUGUGCGAUUUCAUCUACUACUGCUCGUUGGCCGAGUCGAAACGCAAUGGGAAUCCCUACGAGAAAGACCGGAACACACAAGUACUGUUUGUACACGUACCACCUGUAGGGCAACCAUUAAGCACAGAGGAAUGUACGGAUGCAGUCAAGAGAAUAGUUACCUGGGUAUGUUCAGAGAUUGCAGACCAGCAGUCCGACAUGGUUUAGGAUUUUCGUGUAAUUCUGGUACAUACUUUUUUGUCUUAUUUGUCAAUUUUUGUAUAAUAUGUGCCGCAUGACGUCACUACUUCGUCAUGGACUUUCGUCA